CGCGCCAAGGGCCGCUGAGCGUGACGCCGUGACUGGCCAGUGUGACACGGCAACUCUCAGGGAUCGGUUCGCAUUGCAUCCUCUACGCACAUUCGGCUCGUUUUUACGUUUCUCUGCGUUUCAGGAGCAGGGUCCCCGGCGACACACCGGAAAUGCGCAUUAUAAGAUUCCUGCUACCCACCGGAUUCGUGCACUUAGCCCGAAAUCUCGCAGUCGCAGCAACGAUGAGCGGAAACAAGGACUACAAAUCGGCCACGUCGAUUUACGAUUUCACGGCAAACUCCAUCCGGGGAGAGGAAGUCCCUUUGUCCAAAUACGAAGGCCACGUGUGCUUGAUCGUAAACGUCGCCUCGAAAUGCGGCCUCACGCCGACGAAUUACAAGGAACUGAACGAACUGUACGACGAGUACGCCGAAUCUAAAGGUUUAAGGAUUCUAGCGUUCCCCUGUAACCAAUUCAACGGGCAGGAGCCGGGGGAUAGCGAGCAGAUUUGCAGCUUUGCCAACAAUCACAAAGUAAAAUUCGACUUGUUCGAGAAGAUUAACGUCAACGGAGAUCACACGCAUCCUCUCUGGGCGUAUCUGAAGAAAGAACAAGGUGGCGUGUUGGGUGAUUUCAUAAAGUGGAACUUCACCAAGUUCAUCGUGGAUAAAGAGGGCAAGGUUGUCGAGCGACACGGCCCUAACGUCGAUCCCCACAAGCUGAAGAGUUCUCUCGAAAAAUAUUUCUAAGUUUUUUCUCACAUGAUUUGAUAAGGUAACUAUUCCUUGUAGUUUACAUGAGUUAGAUUUCAGCAUAUACUUUAAACAUAAUGUACGAAUCAGUUUUUUUUAAUUCAACAAUAUCUCUGCACGCAUAUAUUUAUAUGCGUGAAGAUCUUUUUUCUCUUGUACAUUAUGUUACAAUAAACUAUUUUUGAAUCCUUU